UUUAUUAAGUUAAUAGAAUAGUCAUUAAUUUAAUUAUUCAUAAAAUCAAUAGAGUAUAUAGGAUUGCAGUAAAAAAGUAUGAUUAGGAAUUCUAAAUCGUAGUAAACAUAUAGGAAGAAAAUAUAAAAUAUAGGGAAUCCCUUCAUAGGAUAAAUAGAAAAUAAUAAGAAUGUUUAGCAUAAUUUAAAUAGUUUGCUAUUAAAAGAAGAUAAAACAGAGAAUCAAACUCAAAAAUAGCAAAUUAAUUAUGAUAAUAUGAAUCCGCAACAUCAAUUGAUGUAAAAUUAAAGAAUAUAGUCACCUUAAUCAAACAGGUAGAAAAAAGUAAAUAGUUCUUAUAAUUAGAUUAUUAGAUCAGAAAAUCCACUUCAUGUAAAUGGAUCUCAUAUUAAUCAAUCUCCUCUUUAAAAUACGAGCACAAUUCAACAAAAAUAUCUUGAAUCUGAAUCUACAAAUAAUAUAUCACCAUGGGUAGGAAUUAAGCGCGAAUAGAUAAGGACAGCCUCUCCAUCUCAAGGAAGAAAGCAUAAUAUUUUCAAAGACUACUUUAAUGCUUCAGAAAACAUUUAUUAAAUGCAAGGAUUUACACUAAAAAAUAAUUAAAGCUAGUUAAAUUAAUAAUUGAAUAGCAGUCACAGCUAGUAAAUACCACAGUAGAUAAUGCAACAAUCAUUAACAUUACAACCUCAAAAUUAGUUUAGUGGAAAUUCUCCUUUUUUUAAAAAUAAUAGCUAACCUUAGCAAGGACUCUUCUUUAACUAAGCAAUUAAUAAGCCUUUUUUUUAAUAGGCUUAAUAGUCUUAAAAUAACUAAAAUAAUUUUGCAUCUCUAAAUCCAUCUCUAAUUGAUUAAAAUAAUUUGAUAGGAUUUCAAAAUUAAUAACAUUUUCUAGCCAUAAAGAGCAGACCUUAUUCAUACACUUCUCAUAGAAUGUUUCGACCAUAAAAAUUAGGACUAGUUUCUAAAUUAACUUCUAAUUAAGAGUUAAAGCAAGUUACCACUAAUAACAAUAACAGUAACUACUAUUACUUAACUGAUAAAAAUAAAGAUUGGAAUUAAGCGAAGAAUAACUGGAUAGGAAGUUUAAGUGGUUGUCUUUUUAGUUAAGCUGUAAAAGUGAAUGACAACAUUUAACUGAAAAAUAAAAAUAUAUCUAGCUAUUCUUAAAAGAAAAAAAAAUAUUUAAUAAAAUAAGUUAGUUAGGAACAUCAACAUUUUAGAAAUUAAUAAAAAGAUUAAAUUAAUCCUUAAAGUCUUUCAUAUUUAUAGAAAACUAAAAAUUAAAUGCAAAGUACACCUUAAUUACAGAUAAGCUAAAAAAUGAUAUUCAACAAAGCUUGA